GCUGAGCAGUCAAAACUGUUCUAGGCAUUUUUUGGCGUCGACUCAGCUUCGUUGGCUCGUUGCUUAGCAGCCAUCGUCACGCUUCCUGUGACAUGAUUGAUUAUUGAUUAAUUAAGUUGAAAAACUUGAAAGUUGUGUUUGGUCUUAUAAGUAAGCUAUGUAGAAUAAUUCCAAGGGAGAAAAUUCUAAAACAGUGGUGGAUGUGGGCCUGCCUUUUUGAAGGAGGCAUCUUGUCAACUAUGUGCAUAAAGACCUUUCUCAGUUCUCACUUUAUUUCUGUGCUCCUAUGGCUUUCCCAAAAUAUUUUAUCCUCUUGUUUUAGUUAUUUUUCUCCAACAAUUGAAGCAUCUCAAAAGAUGGGCUUGCUCUAUCAGUACAGCAGCAGUCGUUCUUAGAUCUUUUUCUGUGUCUCUGUCUCUCUCUCUUUCUCUUUGCAAGAUGGGAUUUAACUUAGCACCUUACUUCUUUCUUUAUAUGAAUAGUUUGUCUGUUUAAGUUACCCAUAGCAAAGAUAUGGCUCUUGCUAAUCGGCCCAAGAAGGUGACAUCAAGAAUUGAAUUCAAGAAGCCAAAAAGCAUGCUUCUUCCUUUAACUAGCCUUGCCUCUGUUGAAUCCUUAUCAGUCCCUCUUGUCCAGGAAGUUGUUCUAUCAGCAGAUAUUCGAUGCACAGAAUGUCAAAAGAAAGUAGCUGAAAUAAUAUCAAGAAUGAAUGUUUUUGCAGAGACAGAUUCUGUGUCAGUUAAUGUGUUGGAAAAGAAGGUAACUCUUACUUGCAGAUAUCCUGCAUUUAAAGUACCUUCAAAGCAAGUUGCUGCUAUAAACAGGAACCCUUUUAGCAAAAUCGCCACCAUCAAGCGGAUGUUCAGAAAUAGUUAACAUGGGUCCAAAGUUGCAAUAUAUGCGACUUGUAAUAUUCUCUGCCUGGAAUGUGGAUAGCCUGUGAACAACACAAUUUUAGCGGAAAAAAAAAAAGGUGUAUCAAGUUGAAGCAGCUUUGUACAUAAUUGUUAUGUAACAAUUGAAAAAUUGUAGGACAAAAUUCUAUGUUUUUAUGGUAAAGAUUCACUUUUCUUGAGCAGUUAAACAGUUACAUCAAUCUCACCUUGCUUUCAAGUUACUUGUCAUUGUAAAACUUUAAUUUCUUGGCCUUCAGGGCAAUUAAAUUAUGGUAAGGUAAUGGCGAGAUGGCUUAAAUUUUGUGUAACAGAACCUUAUCCAACAAGGAAGAGAUGCUUCAUAAUAUGCAAUGAAGUAAAAGGAGUGCUUUCCCCUCAACCUUGAAGUUAAGGAUAAUAGCUUAAGUGUGACAAACAAUGCCUUCACUUUAAAGUCUAUAAGGAGAAUCAGAUACCACAAAGAAAGUUAAGAAUUUCUAGCAGACAAGUCUCUGAUUCUUCAAAUCCCCAAAAAAUCCAACCAUUUCCUUUUCAUUACCUUCUUUUUAGCCAUCAUCAUAAAAUCAUCAUUUACACCUUGAAAAUGUCUGUUCACAGCUUCACACAAGCCAAGACUUGUUGUAUGGUAAUCAGAAUUAACCUCGACUGCAAUUCUUGCUGCAGAAAAGCGAGGAAAAUUAUACUCAACAUGAAAGAGAUAGAGACGCAUAUGAUAGCUAAACAGGAAUGCAGAAUAGUUCUGUGUGGAAGAUUUACACCAGCAGAUGUCGCGAUAAAGUUAAGAAAGAAGAUGAAUCGCAGGGUGGAAAUAUUGGAAAUACAAGAGUUCGGUGGCAGUGAUGAUAGACCUGAAGAGUCGAGGCCAUUAAUCUCUGGCUAAUCCACAAAAUAGAAUAUUCUGAAGAAAGAAAAUUCCGGAGACGACCAAUAUGAAAUUGAACAUGAUGUGUAGAGAUAAGUAUAUACUUUUUUUCUAGAAAUGUGAAAACAAAUGUUAGAACAGAUGCAAAAGAAUGAACAAGCGUAGAUUGUAGUUUUUACAUUGCAAAAUGUUACUCUAGAAUGUUUUUGUCUUCGAAAAUUUUUAAGAAAAUUAAUCAGUAUGAUCAAGAAUUAGUGAUUUAA